AUGGCUAUGAAACUUAUUGCUGAGUAUGAUCCCUUUUUAUCAAAACAUAUAUUAAAUUAUGGAAAUCCGGGUAAAGGAAAUACAUCCUAUAUGUCGUUUUUUACUUAUGAACAAUUUAUUAAAAUUAUGGCUGAGAAAGUAAUAAGUACCAUAGUAGAAGAAUUAAAAUCUUCAACAUAUUAUUCGAUUAGCGUUGAUUCGACACCUGAUAUAUCAAAUGCUGACCAGUUAUCAUUUGUCAUAAGAUAUGUAAAUAGUAUUGGAGAACCUGUUGAACGAUUUUUGGGGUUCAUGGAAAAUACUGGACACAAAGCUGAACCAAUAGCAGAAGCUAUUUUUUCUACAUUUAAUAAGGAUAAUAUUGAUAUUAAAUUUCUUAUGCUUCCUCUACACCCUCGCGAGGUCACCCCGUCGAGAGUCUUGUCGAGUUAA